CCGGUACGGUCGGAAAAUUGUCGAAGUCCCUCCGCUUUUGUGGACUUUUAGCUUGGACAGUUCAGGAAUUUAACAUAGAAUCUGUGGUGCAACAACAGACAUUUGGCACAAAGGUGUUGUCUUCAAAUAUCAUUAUCUAGAACGGAUCCGGCGAACUGUUCGCUCGUUCAGCCUGAAUGUAGGCAAAGGAUUAUAUCCCCCCUUUCACGAUUCGAAUUCACACAGCAUCAUCAUCGAUUGUUAGCUUGGGGGCACGGAUUAUCGCUUCCCCGUCGUAUCUGAAUGAAACCAAUGUUUGACGUUCGAUUUUUCCUCGGAUGCUGAGUGUGAGAUGAUAAUGCGAAAAUAUCGAUUCGUAAUGGUGUGUCACUCGUGCGGUUCGGGUCGUUCUCGUGCUAAAUGAACGCGAACCCAUCCCCUCGUGCGUUUUGGUUCAAAGUGAAGCCAGCGAGAAGAAUUGCAUAAAUUACAUAACUUUUCUGGCGAAAACCGGCGAACGAAGUUUUAGGAAAGCGGUGUGGUGUCAUGGAUUACUGCGAUCCCUCCCCGAAACGCGAGAACGCUGACUUGGACGAGAAGAUAUUCCAGUCACAGCCAACUGAGUGGCGAUUCAAUUCUCGUCAUACGGAGCUCGCGCAAGUGGAAGAUAAUUGCUUCUAAGUGAGUUGUAAAUUGAACAAAAGCGAUUCUUAAAAGUCGACGCAAUUCGCGAGAGAAAUGUGUUCUUGGGUGGUUUAGAUGGUGAUGACAAGGGGAACGAGCGCUCCUUGACUGACACCGGAAAAAUUCCAUUAGUGAUCCACUUAAGACAGGCGAGAAAACAAAACAGGCAGUGCAUAUAGCCAAUGGUGUUCGAUUCAAGGUUUUGCGCGAAGAUUGAACGAGAAAACGCUGGGCCAGCCCUCUGAUGUCUGUGUUGGGGAUGUGGGUGAUUGAUGGAUCGAUGACCCUCCUGCCUGCCUGCAAGGCCUGCUGCCGAUCAUUGGCUCGGGUUGAUGGUUAGUUAAUCGAGACUGCCAAAGUGAAUUGGUUCGGCAGCCGGAAAAUUAAAGCGCAGCACGUGUUGUUGUUGUCGUCGAAGUAGGCGAAGAGAGUGCAGCUGUGAGAAGAUUAAUGAUUUUGAUCCCCGUUGUUGUCAGCGCGACGUUGCUGCCGAAAAAGGAAAUGCGUGCGCCAGUGUGAAGAAACGUGUGACGAAGAAAGAAUCGUGCUCAAGAGGGAAAAAUCUGUGUAGUGGCUAGAGAGUUUAUGGUAAUAAUGAUGAUGUCGUGUGCUGCUGGAGUUGUUUGGUGGUGACCAUAUUUUCCACAGAAAGUGAAGGAAAAUGCUGAAUGCUGGAAGGGGCGUCACAACACGUGUAGCAAAGUAGGCCAGGAAGUGGGAAAAUAAUACGAUUAUAAAUUAAAGCUGCCAGCAGCUGUUUUUGUGCGGCAAGUGGAAAAAAACGUAAAGGCACGCACGACGAUCCAGAGAGGAAGGCUGACAGAUGUUAUUACCGUUGUUGUUGUUGUCGUUGUUGUUUGGUGAUGCUUCCGUUGUUGUCUUGAUGGGAUGUUGCGUUGGUGCGUGAACAACAACGGAAAAGCCUUGGUGGCAAUUGAGUGAAACAAAGCGUAGGAGAGAAGUGUGACGGAGGAAGCGGCUCACAAUGGAAGCUUAAAGUAUACGUCCAUCAACGAAUGCAACCAAGCUGUGAAAUCUGGGCUCCAAUGAGCCAUAGCAUAGUGAAUAAACCACUAACACUUCCAGUUGAACCCACAAUCUCCGGUUAGAGUAGAGCACCCGGGGAACAAUCAGAAUCACUUCCCCCAUCACAAUAGGUAGGUAAGAAGAUGCUUCAUUCCCAUCCCGUUGUUCAGAAGAGCUUGACAGCGAGCAGAGAAAUCCGAACGUCGACGGCAUGAUGCUACGGUGGCCCAAAUUGGGGCUCACUCAGCCCUACUACAAGUAUCUAUGGCGCUGUUGGUUGCUGGUAGGUCUGGUCCUUCUUCAGCGGAUAAGUUACGGCCGGAUGGAGGAAAUUCUUCAGCUGCGGAGUAGUGGACGGGGAUCAACGGGAGGAAGCGGCAGCGGGGCGGCUCAACAUCACCAGCAGCAGCAGCGGCAACAGUUGGAAGAACAAGAACUUUUUUCCUCGUCGUCUUCCUCGAACGAGAUUGAAUGUCCGAGCUUUGCCGAGAAUUCGGCCUGUCCGUGCUACAAGUUCGAGGACGGACUGUUCCUCGAGUGCCCGAGCAUCACUGCGGUGGCUCUGCGCUCGACUCUGCAGCUCAUCUCGUCGCCCAUCCAGUCACUGUCCGUGUACGAGUUUGACCGCUCGGUCAAAUCCCUUACCGCGGAUCUGUUUGCCUCGGCGUCCCAUGCUUCGGCACACACGUCCUCGUUCCUCGCAGGAAGCGGAAGCAGCAGCAGCACUAGCAGCACCGGUAACGACGUCAACAUCCGGCAUCUUCAGUUCUCCCAUUCCAACCUGCAGCAGCUGAAGGAGAACAGUUUGAAUAAUUUACGAGCGCACUUAGAGAGUUUAAGUAUUGUAAAUGGAAAAUUGACACAAGUGCCCACGAAAGCGCUCGCCGGCAUGAAGAAGCUGAUGGUGCUCGACUUCGAGCAGAACGAAAUCUCCACCAUCGACGAGUACGCGUUCUACGGGUUGCAUCUGGUCAAGCUAAACAUGAAGGGUAACCGACUGGAGCGUAUCCCGGAAACCGGCUUGGUUGGACUGGAAGAUUCCCUCGCCGAAUUGGACUUUUCCGAGAACCGUCUGAAGCAGUUCCCGACGUCGGCGUUGAAACGCCUGGAGAAUCUCCGCUCGGUGCGACUCUCGAUGAACGAGAUCAACUCGUUGGAGCAGGACGACAGUUAUACGCGGUUUGGGUCGUUGGUGUUCUUGGAUUUGAGUUUGAACAAUUUCGCCGAACUGUACAGUGAUGUGUUUGGGGCGUUCCCGUACUUGAAGACGUUGUCGUUGUAUAAUAACUUUAUUGAAUUGGUGCACCGGGACAGCUUUGUGUCGUUGAAGGAGCUGCAGUCGUUGGACUUGAGUCACAACCGGAUCGUGUUCGUGGACGCAGAAGUGUUUGCGGCGAAUCGGAAGCUGCACACGGUGGACCUAAGUCACAAUCAUAUACACUACGUGAGCGGAGUGUUUUCUGAUCUGCCUCUGUUGAGGGAGAUUUUCCUGAGUGAGAAUAAUAUCCUGGAACUGACGGAUGAUUGUUUUAGCAAUUCGAGUAGUAUUAAGGUUAUUUAUUUAGAGAAUAAUUCAAUUCAACGGCUCGACGCGGAGGCUCUGUCGAGUUUGUACAGUCUGGAGCAGCUGUAUCUGAGUGGGAACCACAUCCGGCGGGUUCCGAUGGGAUUCUUCGAAACGACCGGUAAGCUGCAGUCGCUGAGCUUGGAUAAUAAUUUGAUCAGCGAGUUGGAUGUGCGGGUCUUUCGGCGGUUACUCAAUCUGCGUGAGAUUCGACUGAAUGGCAAUCAAAUUCGGCUGAUCCAGGAGCAGCUGUUUGGGACGUUGGGGGCCCUAAUGGAGCUACAUUUGCAAAAUAAUGCAAUUAGGGUGAUUGAGAGGAACGCCUUCAAGAACUGCCAGCUGCUCCAAUAUAUCAAUUUGCAGGAAAACUCGUUGGAUGAGAUUGAUAUAAUGUUCUCUUAUUCGACGGAGACAUCAGCCAAUCACCUGCAGCAGCCUUUGACGGCACGAGGAAAGCUGAUAACGGCCAAGACCGGCAGCAGUGAUCCAUCACUGUUCGGAGAAUUGGAUUCGAUGACGUCGUCUGCGUUGAUUUCCAUUCAGCUUAACUCUAAUGCCAUCAAGUAUCUCCACGGACGAUCUUUUCAAGGUCAGAGCAGUGUGCAAACAAUUUGGCUGGAGAACAAUCUACUCAACAGCUUAGAUAAAGACCUGUUUGUAGAUGUGGUACAACUGGAACGACUUUAUCUGAAAAACAAUUCCAUAUCCAGUAUUGAAUCCAAUGCGUUUAACUCACUUCGACGGCUACGAUUUCUAGACCUAAGCUACAAUAGACUAACCAACUUGAACGAAAAGCUCUUCAAAAACAUGGUAGAGCUGGACGAGCUACUGAUUAGCAAGAAUCAAAUCCAGAAGUUACCCUCGAACGUGUUUGGAUCCCUCCAGAAGCUACGCGUACUGGAUCUUAGUCACAAUCCCUUAGGAAUCUUGGAAUCCAAUGUAUUCCACCAGAACUUCUCCGUUAGUGUGAUAAAUCUGAAAGGCUGUGAACUGACUCGCAUCGAAUCAGAAGCUUUCAAGGGUCUGCAGAACCUCAACGAGCUGAACCUUGACGACAACCGGCUACGGUCCGAAGACAUCAAACAAAUUGAUGCCAGCUCCCUAAGAACCCUCCGAUUGGCGUCCAACAAUUUCACAGUGGUCCGAGAAAAUACCCUAGAGCGACUACCUUCACUACAGGUUCUAGUCCUUGAGCGAUGUUCCAUCCGGGACCUCCCUUACUCGCUGUUCAGCAAGAACAACAACCUGGUCAAGCUGGACCUGAGCCACAACUUCCUCCGCAUCCUCAAACGCAACAUUUUCAACAAUCUGAAUGUCUUUAAAGAACUUCGUCUGCAAAACAACAGCAUCAACGACUUCCCCCACAUUGCCUUAUCUAACAUUUCCACUCUGGAAACCCUAAUCCUGUCCAACAAUCAACUGACAAACGUCGAUUUCUUCAAACUCCACGGCCUCCCAAACCUCCGUCACCUGGACCUCCAGGACAACUCCAUAUCCUCCCUAACCGGAUUCAACACGGCAAUCCUCCCUCACCUGGACAUGAUAGACCUCAGCGGCAAUCUCCUUCUCGCUCUCCCCGAAAACUUCUUCAAGCACUCGAUCAGUCUCCAACGCAUCGACCUCUCAUGCAACCGCUUCAAUCAGAUCCCGAACGCAGCUCUCUCCGAAUUCUCCCUCGCCCGUCUGGCGUGGCUAAACCUCACCGGAAACCCACUCCAACGAAUCCAUCACACCAUGUCCGUGGACGCCGACCAGCGUCGAUUCCCCUUCCUCAAGGAACUCCACAUCAGCCAAACCAACCUGACCAUCCUCACCUCCAAGGACUUCGACAUCUACCCGGCCCUGCAACGUCUCUACCUGGUCCAGAACCGAAUAAACCGCGUCUCGCCGGGUGCCUUCGUCACCCUGUCCAACCUGCAGAUCCUCGAUCUGAGCGUCAACGAAAUCGAAAUGCUCCCGAAGGAGCGCCUUCAAGGCUUGCGUCUUCUAGAAAUCCUCAACAUCUCCAACAACAACAUCAAAGAGCUGGACGAGUUCACCGAUGACUUGCAGCGCCUAAAAAUCCUGGACAUCUCCUCCAACCAACUGGAACGCAUCCAGAAGAACACCCUGCGCCAUCUGGUGGCCCUACAGGAGCUGUAUCUGAACGGGAAUAGGAUUCGGAGUAUUUCAUCGGAUGCGUUCCGCACGCUGAGGGUGUUGGUUACGCUGGACCUGCGGAAAAACUUCUUCGAGGAUGUGCCGCUGCGGGCGCUGAAACCGCUGGAGACGCACCUGAAGCAGCUGCGAUUGGAAGAGAACCAUCUGAACUGUUCGUGCGAGACGCAGGAGUUGUGGGAGUGGUUGAGUGAUCACCGGAAAUGGACCAGCGAAAACGUGCGUUGCGAGCAGCCGACGGAAGUUCAUGGAAAAAGUUUGCUGGCCAUGGAGCCGCUCGAAUUUUGCGACGUUCCGAUGAUUCUGAAGAUUGCCAUCCAGGACAUCCAGCCGUACUCGGUGCUCGUUUCGUGGCAGAGUCGAGAACAUUCUGGGCUGCACGGGUACCACGUGAUAUUCCACUCGCUGGACACAGUGGAGGAUUUCCGCGGCAAAACAUUGAACCGAUUGGCAAAUUCCGCUAAAUUGGAUCGCCUGUCAUCGAAUACACGAUAUUUGAUCUGCGUGCUCGGGUUGGGCAACUGGCUCUCGUACCAAAAUGACAUCAACAGCCUACUGAACCAAUCGAAUCAGAUUCAAAACCAAGUUUUAAAUAAUCAAAAUGGUGGCUUCAUGGCGGGCGAGUUGGAUACAUCCUUUUCGAACACGUUGCUCUCGCUGAUGAUGGACACGCCAACGUCGAAAUGCACCGAAGUCCGAACGCUGGAUUCAAUUGGACCAAACCCUCUCGCGGAGGUCGACGGAAUGUCCAGCCAGGGAAUUAUUCAUUCGAUUUUAACUCGUCGACUGGGUUUAAUAGUUGGCUGCUGCCUCGGGAUAAUCGUGUUCAUUGUCCUCGUUUCGGUCUUGGGUUACCUGAAAAUCAAAAAGCAAAGGCUAGAUGCGGCCAAGCGUCAACAGCAACCGAUGGCACCGGAAUUCAUCUCGUACCGUCAUUUCUCCAUCCCGAACGAUGAACAUGGCAGAGAUGGAGUGGCCGCCGCCACAGGCACGGGAGGGACUAACAGUUUCCUGCAUAAUAAUCAUCAUCACCAUCAACAUAACCAUCAGAACCAGCAGCCGGUCACGACGACGGUUGAUGGACAUCCGAGCUUUAUAUCCGGGGCGGUUCUGGGGACGACCACGACACUCAACGGAGGCGGAACCGUCCCGGGGGCGGAGGACCGCAAGAAGAUUUAUAUCGAUAGUUGAAAACAGUGAAAGGACCACCAACUGCAAAAAAUCAAGGUUUGUCAAUUAGGUUGUUGAUUCUGCCAUCUUGUUUUAUGUUUUUUAUAUACAUACAUGCAAUCAAAACGCUAACACAAAUCUCUAGUCAACUAGAUCAACAAAAUAUACGGUUCUGCUUCCUUCUUAGGGUGUUCCAGGACAAAAACAGUGUUCGGAAAGUUAUGGUGCUCAACCAUAGAAGGAAAGGUGUGCAUAAUUAUAGCAUUUGCUAUUGGUUGUCAAAUCAGAAUGAUAGUCCGAGAGUGAUAUUGAUAGUUUUAGUCCAUCAGCCGUCAGACUGAUAUUGUGCAACUCUGCUCUAGGUUCUACCAGAUUGAUUUAUGAUAAAUGGUAAUUUAAAAUUAUAUUUCUUUGAAGUUUUGUGCAGAUUUUCCACACGUAAUCGUAAGUAUUUCAUUGAUUCACAUUAUCAAUUGAUCUGAAUCCAAAAAACGCGGUGUCAUACGAAUUAUGAGGUAAUUCAAGAACACAUCUGAAUAUUGCCCUUAAGGUCUACUAGCAAAACCAGCUACCAAUCUGACCUUAAUGAAUAAAGUUUACACCCAAACAUGACCUACUCAAUAUGUCCUUUCAAGUUUUGAGUUCAACAAUUGUUUGCGCCUAACCAUGGGUUUAGGCUUUCUUAUCUACAGGCGUAACCAAAGAUCUCUCGGAAAUUUAGAAACGAGCUUCAUACUUAUAUAUGGCCUAUUCGUGUAUAAAUGUUGUUCAUAAACACUCUGGUGAUCAUUGGUUACGUUUUAAGGCGUAAAGAGCUAAUGCGUAACUUUAACUAGUCAUUGAAUUCGAGACUCGGUAGAGUUUAUAUAUAGGAGCCUGUAUGGUUAUUAUCCUUGCUCGAAAUAUUCUGAGAAGUCACGCGUUACGCUAGUAGAUAUGAUAACCUGUAUUCCUAGUAGAUUUUGGAUAACCUUCAACAGUCGUUAUAAAAAAAAAAACAUUGUUAGGAUAUUGUUAAACGGAAACGUAUGAGAAUAAACUCAUAAUUCUUCGAAAUCACUGGUUCGGUUACGAUUGUGGAUCUAUGAGCUACACUUGAAAAAGAUCUGCUCGUUGAACUCUACAUUUGACUGAAAAUACUUUUAUGAGUCUAUAUGGGUGACAUGUUGUUCAUGAAUAUUCGAGAGAUCAUUGGUUAUUGGAAUACCUUAAGUAAUCGUUGAACUAAAUACUUCGUAGAACUUACUUCUAAUGUGAGACUGUCUGGAUGUCAUCAUUGUCUGCGAUAUUUAAAAAAAAUCACUCAUUAGGUCAAUUGAUUUCACUGGUUACGUGUGUAGAUAUGAAGGCAUAUAUUCUAAAGAGUAGGCCUACAUGGAUAUACAUGUAAUCUCUAAUCCUAUGGUAGAUCGCUGGUUACGCCUGUAGAUCUUAAUAUUUGUACUCCAUGGUGUUAUUAGAUAACCUCACAAGGAAUAUUCCCUGUUAUUCUUCCACGAACUUUUCAGGUAUUCAAUCAUGUGAUUUUCAGAGAUUCCUCCGAGAAUUGCCCCUAGGAUUCCUCCAUGAAUAAUUUACGUACUUUUUUAGUGCUUCAUCCAAUAAUUAUUUUACCUGGAUUCACUGAGUUCCUCCUGAGAUUACCACGGAAUAUAAUGCCUGGGAUGAGUAGUUCUUAUUUAUUAAACUUUUUCAUGUGGCC